AUGCCUCGGCUCGCGACUCUCACUGCGAUUUUCGCUCUUUUUAUCUCCAUUGUCAUCUUCAACACGCAACUCAAGAGCUUCGUCACAGACAUCACAGCCUCAGUCUUCAACACCAACAAACCCAACACCACAACUCCAGACCCAGAGCACAUGCUCAACGCAGCCAAGAACACAAUGUCUAAAACCCUCCACCACGCAAAGAUCACUCCGCACCGGAGCGGCACCCGCGGCCACUCCGACCACGGCUGGCUCAACACCUACCACAGCUUCUCCUUCGCCGACUGGUACAACCCCAACUUCAACAACUUCGGCGCCCUGCGCGUCCUCAACGAGGACCGCGUCAAGGCCAACACGGGCUUCCCGACCCACCCCCACCGCGACUUCGAGAUCUUCAGCUACAUCCUCUCCGGCGAGCUCACCCACCGCGACUCGAUGCUGCAGAAGGGCAACGAGGGCGGCCAGAGCGACAAGUUCUUCCGCAUGCGUCGCGGUGACGUCCAGUUCACCACGGGCGGCACCGGCAUCGCCCACUCCGAGAUGAACGAGCACGCCCGCGACACCGUCCACUUCCUCCAGAUCUGGGCCAUCCCCUGGAAGCGCGGCCUGCCGCCCACCUACCACACGCGCCACUUCGCCGAGGAGGACAAGCGCAAGGGCUUCGUCAAGAUCCUGUCGCCGCUCAAGGCCGGCCCGGACGCGACGUCGACGGAGGAGAAGGCCGCGGAGCCGGCGAUCCCCGACACGAUCCCGAUCCACGCCGACUUCGUCAUGGGCGCGGGCAUCAUCGAGCCCAAGAAGGCGUUCGAGUGGGUCGUCGGAGGCAAGGCGACGCAGCAGACGAAGCGCAAGGUGUUUGUGCACUUGCCCAUGACCAAGGGCGGCAAGGCCAAGAUCCGUAUCGACGGUCGCGACGACGCUGUCUUGUCUGAGGGGGACGGCGCGUUCGUUGAUGCGGUGAAUGCGGGGGACAAGUUGAAUGUUGAAAGUGUCGGCGAGGCCGACGCGGAGGUUGUCGUUUUGGAUACGGCGUAA